AUGGCAGCGGAGUUUAUAGCUCUAGCUUCAGCUAGUAAGGAAGCUGAAUGGUUGAGAAAUCUCAUGUUAGAAUUGCCUUUAUUGCCAAAGCCUAUGUCACCGGUGGCUAUUCAUUGCGAUUCGAAUUCAGCAUUGAUAAAGGCAUAUAGUCAAGUGUAUAAUGAUUGCUUUACUAAAGCAAUGCCAAUGCAUUCAAUCAUCUUUGCUUUGAAUGGAAUAGGCUUAUCUCUUGGCCUAACUAUUGGCUUACUUGAUCUCCAAAGCUUUCCUCUCUCUAUAUCUUCAUGGCCAUCUUUAUCCGCUACCUUGCCAUACUUGGCAAAGCUAUCGGCUCAGCCUCCACCAUCUUCACCACCACCGCAGCAGUCGCCGCCUCUGCCCUCGUACCCUCCAUCUACAUCACACGAAACAACGAAUAACACUAUUUCAUCAACGUGGAAGGGGUACAACAUGGAAAGUGUAAUAAUGCAUAAUAUGAGUGACAAGGAUUUGCUAUGGAGAGCAUCAAUGGUCCCUCAAAUGGAAGGAUACCCUUAUGAAUACAUGCCUAAAGUGGCCUUCAUGUUCUUAACAAAAGGGCCCUUGCCAUUAGCCCGACUUUGGGACUUGUUCUUUAAAGGUCAUGAAGGGUUAUACUCAAUCUAUGUUCAUACUCAUCCUUCUUACAAUGAUUUUUGGCCUCAAAAUUCUGUCUUCUAUGGUAGACGCAUCCCUAGUCAGGAAGUAGUUCGGGGAACUAUGUCAAUGAUCGAUGCAGAAAAACGGCUUUUAGCCAAUUCCCUCUUAGAUUUUUCCAAUCAAAAAUUCGUUUUACUAUCAGAAUCAUGCAUCCCUCUUUUCAAUUUCACCACAAUUUACAACUACUUGACAAAUUCUAAUGUAAGUUAUCUUGCUUCCCAUGAUGAUCCUAGAAAACCCGGCCGUGGACGUUACAACCAUAAAAUGUGGCCUAACAUAACCAUUCAAGAUUGGAGAAAAGGUUCCCAAUGGUUCGAAGCUGAACGUGAAGUCGCCAUUCGUAUGGUUUCGGAUAAAAGGUAUUACUCCAUUUUUGAAGAGCAUUGCCAUCCACCUUGCUACAAUGACGAGCAUUAUUUUCCAACGUUAGCUAAUAAACUAUUUCCAGACCUAAUUGCUAAGAGAGGGAUUACUUGGGUUGAUUGGUCACAUGUCGGACCUCACCCUGGUCGAUUUAUUAGUCGUGACAUAACAGAGGAGUUUCUUAACAAAAUUAGAUUUGAAAUAUCGAAUUGCAUGUAUAAUGGUGAAGUAACGUCUAUGUGUUAUCUUUUUGCUAGGAAAUUUGUAGGGGAUACCUUGAAGCCUUUGCUCAAAAUUGCUCCCAAACUUCUAGGUUUUGAUCCUUAAAAUUUUGUAAUAAUAAUAUUCUAUUCAUUUCAUAACAUAUGUACAUUGAACUUAA